CUCCUGACUCAAUCUUCAGGGCAUAUCCAUUCUCUGUUUCUGACAGACUUUGGAAGCCCUCGGCAGGAGGAGGAGAGCACGCCGCGGAGGCGGCUGCCCCGAGCCGCGGGCAGGAGACCCCCGGCACCAUCGGGACAUCCCACACCGGCACCACAGUGGAAGGGGACGAGGCCGGGACUCGGGACUCGGCUCUCGGCGCCGAGCCACUACGGGACAAGUGUCUUCUCGCAUUCAGCGUGAGGCCGCAACGGCAAUGCCCGGGGCGGGGGCUGCUGGGGCAGAGGCAGGUCGUGGUAGGGGGGGCUCCAAGCCUCUUCACUAGGGAACGAAGCCCAGGGCGGCGGGCGGAGGCCCCUCCCGCCUCCGCCUCACGGCGCUCCCCGCCGGGGCCUCCGCCCGCGGCGGGCGGGAUGCGGGGCGCUCGCAAGCGGCUGUGCUCCGCCUUGAUCGUCGCUUACGGCCUCUUCUCCCUCUACGCGGCCUACACCGUCUUCCUCCGGCCCCGCCGCACGGCCGUCCCCCGCCCGCCCCACCGCGACCGCCGCGGCCCGCGAGAUCAUGUUGCCGUGGGAAACGAAGAGUGGAAUCCAUGGGAAGGGGAGGAGAAAAGCGAGCUGCUUGCUUCUCAGCAGAGAUACGAAGCUAAUCUUAAAAUGAUAAAAAAUGCACGAUCUCACCUAGAACAAACCAGUCUUAGAGUACAGAUCUGGGGCAAAGCAGCAAUUGGUCUCUACCUUUGGCAACAUAUUUUUGGAGGGCAUCUUCAGCCAGAUGAUGUGAGUGCACAGUGGAGAGAAGGAAGCCAAAAAGCAGGAAAAACAUAUUUCAGCUUCAUCACUGGUCCAUCUGUAGUUCCUGGCUACUUCUCGGUUGAAGCUGAAAAUGUUGUGCUUGUUCUGAAUGGAAGAGAAAAAGCAAAGAUCACUUACGCCACUCAGUGGUUGCAUUAUGCACAAACGUUAAUUCAGACUCACAAAAUACAGCACGUAGCGGUUGUGCUGCUUGGAAAUGAGCAGUGCAGCAAUGAAUGGAUUCAACCAUACCUGAAAAGACACGGAGGAUUUGUAAAUCUACUCUUCGUUACAUAUGACUACGCGUUGGUAAAUGAAGAAGAUAUUUUCCAGUGGCCUUUAGGAGUAGCUACCUACAGAAAUUUUCCAGUUGUAGAACCCAGCUGGUCAAUGCUACAUGAUCCAAGAUCACAUCUAUGUAAUUUCUUAGGAACAGUCUAUAAGAACUCUUCCAGGGAAACCCUAAUGGAAAUUCUGAAGCAGGAUGGGCUUGAUAAACUUUGCUGGAUUGCAGCCAGAGAACAUGCCUGUGGGAAAAGUGUUAAUUUUCAACCCCUUCACUUUCCUAGGUGGCAGCCUCAAGAAACAAAUGAAAGUUUCAAAAACUAUCAAGACGCCUUGCUGCAGAGUGACUUGACAUUGUGCCCAGUGGGAAUAAAUACAGAAUGCUAUAGAAUUUAUGAAGCUUGUUCAUAUGGAUCUCUGCCUGUUAUAGAAGAUGUAAUGACACCGGGUGAUUGCGGAAAUUCAUCAAUGUACCACAGUGCUCCAUUACAAUUAUUAAAAACCAUGGGGGCUCCGUUUAUCUUUAUUAAAAACUGGAAAGAGCUUCCUGCUGUUCUAGAGAAAGAAAAAAAAAUGAGCUUACAAGAAAAGAUUCAAAGGAGAAAAAAGCUUAUGGAAUGGUAUCAAAACUUCAAAGCAUGGAUGAGACAGAAAUUCAUUAAUACUUUGGAAAAUUCAUUUUUGCCCAGUGAUAAAGGAUAAAUUGUCCCUUUUGAAAAUCUAGAAUAGAUUGAAAGCUUAAUUUCCAUUAACCUUCCGAGGAAGCUUUUGUACAAAAGAAAUCUCAGAGGGCUGAUGCAUUCCUUUUGAAGUCAACAGAAUUGUGCUAUCUUGAACAAGAGCUGCGGUUGGCCCUCCAUCCUUAACAAUUUUCAGAGAAGUUGUUGACUUAGCAGGAUGGUAGUCCAUAAGAAUGACAACAAUUUUAUUACUGUUUUUACAAUUUCCGUGUUGGUGUGUGACCUGAUUAUUUUUUUUUAGGAGGAUAUCUUUGAGCAUGUGAACUUGUUAAAAUCCAACAUGAGUAUGACAGUUGUAUUUGAAGAAAAGAGAAGAAUGAAAGCUGUAUGGUACAGAGUAAUUUAUUAUGUUGACUGAAGAAGAAAAGUAUGAUUAUAGCAAAAUUGCCAGGUUUAGCACAAUCGUUAAGAUAUAUCCUGGUAAGUGCUUGUUUUGAAAAUGUGAAUUGUUUACUUGAUCGACAUUUCAUUUCCAAGAAAGUGGCCAUAAAGCUAAUUAAACACUGUGGAAUAAAAACGUACAUUUCAAGGUAAAAAUAGAGAACUCUUUCUUACAAAUAUUUCAUAGCAAUAUUUUUCCCUUUUAAUGUCAGGUAUGAAAAUUGCUUUCUUUCAUUUCCAUUUAGUCUUGGGACAUAUCUUUCUGAAGUAUUGCUGCAGGAGCGUUCAUUACCUGCACAUUCUGAACACCAGGCCUUAAACAUGAAUUUGCUUGUAGCUUAUCUGAUUUCUCAAAAUCGGCUGAAACUUGUCAACUCCAAAAGAUGGCAGAAGUAUAUUAUUGAAUGUUUAUGGUACUACAUGUUCAACAAACAGUUUCAACUGUUUCUGUUCAGUGUAGCCGAAGGGGUCUGUUACUGUUCUUGUACAUCAGAAGUGAGCGUGUGCUAUUAUCUUCAGUGUGUUUGGCUGAGCAGUGUUACCGCAUGCACAACAGCGGCAUACCGAAGGUGGUGUAGUAGGCAGUUUUCUGUCGUCAAACAUCAGCAUGCCAUAUGGGUUCAUUCUCACGCAGGAAUUCAAAAGCCAGUGCAGCUGUACUGCUCAGUAAUAUUCAUUUGUGUAAUGAUACUACCUAGUUCUGGAAGAUGUAUCAUACAAGAGCACUUCUGUGUGGGGUUUUUUCAGUUUUCUUGUAUCCCUUCUUUGUGUAAAAAAAAAAAACAAAACAAAACAACAAAACCAAAUAAAAGAACAAAAAAACGAAAAAAAACCACUCCCAAAAAACCUAAAAUGUAAACCCACCAGGCUUUAGUUUGCUAACAGUGGAUGAUAUUCACAGUGUCUGCUCUAGGUCUGGAAUAAGGUAUGUUUCAGAACACCUGGAUUUUUAGGAGCUGGGAGUCCAUAUGCUUAGCAGAUGCUCUCAGAAGACAAAUAAUCUAGGCCCAAAUAAUCUGAAUUGUAUGUCUAACAUGAAUUUCCUGUGACUAUCCACACAUUUUAUCUGAAGCACCAUGCUGUUGCAGUACAAUGCAAACGUUCUCCAUUCAGCUGAGACUGGAAGUUCAGCUCCUACAAUUCAGCACUGAGCUGAUGAGCCCUGUUUAGAAGUGGACCUUGUUAGACCAAAUUUACCAUAAAUUUCCAUACUGAGGAUCUGAGGUAGCCAUCUGCGCAGCAGUACACAGCAUUUAGAGGGUUAGGGGAAGCUGGAGUAUCUGCAAUAUUGUAGUGUAAUUGCUGUAAUUUCCAUCUAGUAGAAUCUUUCUACACAGGCUACAAAGCUGCGGAGCAAUGAUCUAGAGCAGCAUUUUUCAACCUGUAGUCAGCAGAUCUCUCAACACUCCUGCAGGAUUUCAAGGAACUGCACAAAACAGUGAAGAGAGAAUUCUUUUCCAGUCAGCCUAGAUUCUUAUAAAAGGAUGUAGCUCCUACAAAACUUUAAUGGUAUACAAGUCAAAGCCUGAAAAACAGUUCAGUGUGUUACUUGGUCAUCAAUAGGAGAAACGUGCUGCUAUUCAUUUGAUCAUUUCUAAGUAAACGUGAGUUUAUUUCCAAACUCAUGUGGCAGUUGAAUCUUAAGGGAGGCCAAGACAUGCACAAAAGUUUUAUCAGAGUUUCACAUUGCAGCUGCUUGCCUGCUCUUGGAGUUCAGAGAGAAGUAAUUUGUAUUUUAUCUAUAUUUAACCAAUUCUUAAUGCUUCAAAUUCACCUGCUUUAGUCCAGAAGGAAUUAGCGCUAGAAGUUUUUUCUUGUGUUCUAUUUCCAGUGUCAAUGGAGCAAAGAGAGCAAAACAUCUUGAAGCCAAGAGAGGGUUCCUUACAUGUUAGGCAGGUUGCUAGUAUGUUAAUUAUUUUCUUAUUCCACUGUCCAACUUGUAGGAGAGAUUAUAGUUCUCCUGUUUUUAUUUCCUAAUCUUUCCUCAUUUGGUAAAAAUUGUCACCUCCGUACCCUGUUUGGAUCCAGAGAUAAGCAAGACAAUGAAAGGGACCUUGGCCAAAAAAAAAGUAUGAGACUGAGGGAAGAAAGACGGUGAGGGGUACAAGAAAUCAAAGAGGAGGUCUCAUCAGUGGUAGAGGAAACUGGUUUAAAAGAAGGGAAGCAGUUAAGUUGCUGGUGAAAAAGAUAGUUUAUCCCCUGCAUGACACGGCCAGGCGGGAGCAGAUAGUAUCUACUGUCAGUGAGAAGGUGAAGUAUCACUUCAGUUGUUUAAUACUGAGAGGAGAAUGGAUGCUCUGUUCUUGCAGUUAGCCCUCUGGUUCGAGACUGGGAUGGUGAAGUAUGGCUUUCCGGACCACAAAACAAGGACUGAGGCCUCUCAUAACUAUACGUGCUCUCUCUGUUGGAGAGGGAAUUCUGCACAGAACCAAGCCUGUCUGGAGUCAAGAAUGCCAAUUGUAACCUGAAAUGUUAAACAGAUUGCUAAUUAUGCAGUAUGCUGCAUCCCACUUAGAUCUGGGUGUGGAAUAUAUAAUUCUACCAGUUUCAUUAUGAGAGGUAUGUCCUGCUGAUGAGGACCUCACAAAUUAGGCUGCAUUGCCUUGCCCUAAGAAGAAACAGAUCCACAAUUUAGUGUAACUGUUUCCUAUUUAAUUCUGAACUGGUUAAGGGUGUCUGUGAAAACAUGGUGUAAACUAUUGAUAGGAUGUGCUUCUAGAGAGCAAUAUGUUUCCAAAAAAACGUAAGCAGUCUUUGUAACUGUUGGUAAUCCUGUGGAUAAGGAGUUAGCUUGCAAAGGAUCCGGCUGCCAAUCGCUUCCUGAUCUUGGACAUUUAAGUUGUGAUAGUGUAUUUCAAUAGUUAGGUUUUUGUGGUAUUUUUAGGUACUUUCCGUGACUGCAACUUAUACAAAGAGUGAUAACAACUAACCGUUUCCUAGAAGCCUUUCUCACAGCAAUUAUUAAGUAUGAAUUAGGAUCACUAUGUGCUGGAGUCACCAGUUUCUCUCUUGGCUUAUUGCCCUCACCAAAACACUUGCAAAACCACAGAAAUAAAAUCCUGUUACUUCUUGGCAAACCUUGCAUAUUAGUAAUAACCACUAAGAGCUGGGCAAACUCGGAAGCAGCUUCUAUGCUAUGGAGUCCUAAAAUAUUUCCAGGAAUUCUUCCUACUGGGAUGGGAGAGAUGAAUGGCAGUUGAACAAGAUAAUGCUUAUUUUGGCGCAUUCAUAAAGACUGACGUUAGGAGAGACAAAAGUACGUCAAAUGCAAUUCCAACCAUGCCCUAAGAAACUGUUGCUUCCAAGAAAAUUGCUACCAUAAGGCAUGUUGGGACUGCCAUUUUCCAGUAACUAAAAAGGACUUUAAUGUUUCUAUAGUGCUGUGAAUCCUACACAAUGGGUUUGAUGAAUCAGCCCCCCCUAAAAAAAGCUGACCUGAUGAAAAUGUGCCUGAAAGGAUGACGUACGGUUUACAUUGGAUCCCAGGGUUUUGUGUUGUUUGCUUUUCGCUUUCUGAGUCCACAAAGGUAAGUUAAAUAGUUUGUAUAACAAGCCCUUCUGGGACCACUCCAAAGUGAUGCUAUGAAAACCAUGCUGUGCAGCAAAAGUGACAGUGGUUCUAAGCUCUUCUCAUCCUAGCAGCUUAUGCAGUUACAAAGAAUUGCAUAGAUUUCUUACUAAUCACUGGUCCAUAAUCCAUGAGCGGUAAUCCUCUUGAUAGGGAAACAGCCUGCAAAAAGUCACGUUACCGAUUGAUACCUAAACUGUUUGAGUGGGUCAAAUUUCCAGAUUUCCUCAGUGUCUCCUGAACAAUAAAAACCAGUAAACGGG